GGGGGAGCGCGGGCACUCGCGGGGCCGUGUCAGCGAUCACGGAGCGGCUCCGGUGGGGGCACGAAGGAACCAGCCGCCCCCUUUAUCCCCUCGUUUCCCCUCCUGUUCCCCCCUCGGUUUCACAGCCGCGGUGGGAGAAGGAAGGGACGCCUGGGAAUGCGGGGCGAACGGCGGGGAUUUGAGUGUGCGGGCAUCUGCUCGGUGUCUGCCAACUCUGUUUCUCCUCCUCCAGGCAGUGGGGUUUAUUGGGCGCCGAAGUGUCGGUGGCACGGAUCCUCGUGGGCAGCCGGAGCAGGGAAGUGCAGCUGCCCGAGGUGAUGCUGGACCCAAGAAGUUCAUUGUUGGCCGGAGAGUGGGAAGGGCCUCAGCGAUGGAUCAGGGGCUGUUGGUAGGAAACAGACUUUGGGGAGAGUGAGGUGUUUGUGAUGGGUGAGCAUUAUCUGCGAGCCCGUGUAUCUCCAGAAAUCCGUGCUCCAUCCGUGCUCCAGCAGAGACCUGCUGGGUAAAAGGCCAGAGGCUCACAGGGGACUGAGGGACAGGGGACAAUGCCAAGUACCUGUCCAAAAUAAUUUCAUUUUACCCCUGGAGCCUUAAACAAACGGCUGUCACUCCUCAGCUGAGGUGUUUUAGCCGAGGAGGGUUCCUUUUCCUCCCAUCGCCCUCCUGCCUCCCCAUGUCCAUCCUUUCCGAGGACACUGAGCCAGGUGUUGGAUUGGAUGAACACAGUUUUGUUUCAGUUUGUUUUACCCAGCCACCCUUGUCUGUUUUAAUAAUCCUUGCACACAGAUCCAUUGGGGAGUUCUAGGCAGCCACAUAUCCCUGAUGUAAAAACACUUGGACACACACUGAUUGGGAAAGACUAGGAGAUUGGAAUGUUUUUAAUUAAAAGCACAUCAGUGUGGAAUAGAAGCCCCCUUUAACCAUUACAGUUUGUGGUGUGGAUCUGAACAGCUCAGGACAUGCAAGUGAAUGUAAGUGGAUGCUGCUCCAGGACAGUGAAUUAGGUGUCUCUUUUCCCACCCACCCCACAAGGGAGUAGGGGUGCGAUGGCAGCCGCAAAAUCUCUUUUUGGAAUUACACGUGGCUUGCAGCGGGCAAUGUUCUCGCACACAGCCGUGGCUGAACAGGUGUCAACGCCCCCAUGGCUGAGGGCCGCGGUUCUGACUGCCCUCAGGAGCCGCCGCCAUGUUGCUUCAGGGAAGGGGGACCAGUUAGGCCUGCAGCGCUACGAAACAACCCGGGUUCGCCCUGAGGCCCCUCUGAGGCCGCUGAAGAAGCGAGCUGGAGGCUUUUGACCAGCCCUGGGCAAUGGUCGCCUCUCUCGGGGCAGCGGAACCCGCGCACCCGCGGAACGCGCUGGCCCCGCGGUGCGGCUGGGUCCUCCCCGGGCUGCAGCAGCGCCCCGCUGUCCCCGCCGCGGUGAGCCCCGCCACCGCCCGGCCCUACGCGGCUGCAGCAGCCAAAGCUGCCAAAAAAGAUGCCAAGAGGAGCCGGCAGGAGAAGGCGAAGGAGGCGGCCAAGGAGAAGCCCCUCCCUCGGAGGCGGCCGCUGAUGAGCAAGCCCGUGGACGACGUGUACCUGACGUGGCUCUACAGGAGACCCUCCUAUGGGCUGGAGCAGGCCGUGGGCAUGCUCAAGAGGUUCCAGGAGCUGGACUUCACCCACCCCAAGCAGUUUGUGUACAUCAACGUCUUCCUGGACAUGGCACUGCAGAAGAAGAAAAAAGUGGAUCCUUUUUCCAGUGGUGUCGCUCUCCCCCAUCGCUUUACGGAGGAUGUGAACAAGGUCUUGGUGUUCACAGAGAAUGAGCAGGAAGCUGAGGUAGCUCGAGAGCACGGGGCUGCCAUCGUGGGAGGAGUUGAAUUAAUCAAAUGGAUCCUGGAGGAUGAAAUCCAGGCUGAUUUCUAUGUGGCUGUCCCUGCCAUCAUCCCCAAGUUAAUCCCCCUGAGGAACAAGCUGAGAAAGAAGUACCCCAGCACCAAGAGAAAUUCCCUGGGCAGUGACAUUCCCAGAAUGGUGCAGUUCUUCAGGGAGUGUCACGAGUACUCGGUGGAGGACGAGAGUGUCAUCAAGACAAGGAUAGCCAGACUGGAUAUGCCCACUGAGCACAUCAUUGCCAACCUGAAAACAAUUAUCCAGGAUAUCUGCACCUUCAAGCCAUCUAAUUUUGAUCCCAUUGUGCAGAGGCUGGUUAUCAGAUCCUCCACCAGUGAAGGCUUGCUGCUGAACCUCGAUGGAAUCCUACCUCAGGUGGAGAAAGCAGAGGAGAAAGAGGAAGAAGAUGCAGCUGAUGAUGAUCAGCAAAAAGCUGUCCAGGAAUCCGUUAGUACCUGAUGUCUUCUCCUUGUGGGCCUGGCGCUCCAGCUGGGGAAGCAGAUGUGAAGUGUCACUCAAAUCAUGCUCUGUGAGAACAAAAAAUAAAUGCAGCUUGUGGA